CGCAGCUGCACCUCGAGCCCUUGCGCUGAUAUCUGGCGGCAGGCUUACCCGGCUGGCCGUCCUCGCUCCUUACCCCCCCGCCCCUUUACCUGCUCUCACCCGUGUCGUCGCCGCACGCCGACGCCGACGCCGCACCCCAACAGCUCCCGUGUCGCCAUAAUACCAAUCACCGCCACCGCACCCACACGGCACCACACCACACGGCACCACAACGACGACGACGACGACGACAGCAACCGCGACGACUGCCCGCCGCCCUAAUAGCCACGCACGCGCACCAUGCCCGCCACGUCCGCCAUGAUGACGGCCGCGCCCUACGAGAUACGGACGGGCGGCGACGGCAAGACCAAGAAGCAGAGCAUGGCCGAGCUCAAGCUGCGACGCCUGACGGAGCUCAACCAGCGCCUGCGCGAGGACCUGGAGCGACGCAGGAUACCCGUGUCCGAGGCCGCACUCGAUCUCAUUGCAUUCACGGACAAGGAGCCCAAGGACUGGAUGGUGCCGUCACGAUGGGGAACGAUCGACAAGCGCGACGAUCCCUACGCGCCACAACAGAGCAACGGCUGCUGUGUCGUCAUGUAGACAACGAGCAAGAUGCAGAUGGUCAUGUCCAUUAACGGCGUUUCUGCGGGGGGUGGGUUUACGGCAGAGUGAUUUGUUUUUGCUUGUUCUCGAGGAGGUUGAUAAUACCCAACGGACCCAAAGUCUUGACACUGUUAGUCGUCGUGGGAAGCGGAACUAUCGGACGGGUCUCAUGUUCCUUUCGCCCAACGUGUACAUUAAAACUCGAAUGCGGAGCUCGCUGCUGGGGCUGCUGCGUGUUUCCUUUUUUUCUCUCUUUUUAUUUUUUUUUCUCAUGGUAGGGGGAUUUUUACUUGGUGUCCAUGACGAGAUAAAAGCGCUCGCAUAAUUAGCCCGACGGUCAUUUUCGUCUGUCACGUAUUUGGAAUUGGCAUUGCU